AUGGAUGCAGCAGCAGCUCCAGCACCACCGAUCGAUGUUUACGAUGUCAUCAAUCAAAAGGAAUGCGGAAUAUGUCUCACGUUCCGAACGGAGCAGAUCUGCUUCGAUAUGUUCAUGCCUCGGGAGGAGGACCUGAAGGAGAUGCCGUAUCUGGUCUGGAAGCAUGUCGGGUUACAGUUUACGCAGGAGACGGGCAAACACUAUGUCUGUCGGGACUGUGGGAACGCGGUGUACGAGUUCAACCGAUUCUACUUGAUGGUUCAGAACGUGCACCAGGAACGGCAGGCGGCGGCCACGGUGCUCCAGGUGAAGCCGGAACCGGCCGAAGGAUGUAAUGCUGCGCCGGUGGAAGAGAUGGCCCAGGGCGUAAAUCAGAACGGUCAUCAUGGGGAGCUGAAACUGGAUCCAUCACCACAGCUAAUUGGAGGUGCACCCGUAUUGCAAGACGUUCCGGAGUAUACUGUUCGUCCCGAAGCGAACGGAAUGCUGCCGGGACGGGGUCUUGUUGGUGGGAAUGGUAUGACCGAGGAUAUGGGAGAACAGCAAGGUAUGGCUUCGUACGCGACACUAAACGAUACGGAACCGGAAAGUAGCCGAAUCCGUCAAACGGUCACCACCGCCGCCGGCACUCCGAGCCGGAAACGGAAGAACCAAGAGAUGGACGAGGAAAUUAUUGACUUCUACAAGCUCGUUUGUGACGUUUGUGAGGACCGGAUCGAACACGGCACGAUGAAGGAGCUAAACCAACACAUGAAGCAGAUGCACGGUGAAGAAACGGGACGGGUUUGCUGUCCGCAGUGUGGUAAAAUGUUUCGGACCCGGGUAAAGCUGCUGGAGCACAAGAGUGUACACAUGCGCCAAGACACGACCUCGGAGGACGAUGUGGAGAAGCUACAAUCGGAACAGAUGGACAAAGAAAUAUUGGAAUUUUACAAGCGCAUCAGUUGCGAACUGUGUGACAACGCAACCGGGGCUACCGGUGCCGGGACACAGUACGCGACCGUAAAGGAGCUCAACCACCACAUGCGAUUGGUGCACGGGCAGCAGGCCGGUACGGUGAAGUGUCCGCUCUGUGAGAAGAAGAUCCGCACGCGGCCGAAGCUGCUCGAACACAAACGCAUGCACCAGCCAAACGCGCUGCUGGAGGAAGAUUCUGGCAAAUCGGGAAAUCCCGGUGGUGAGCCAGGUCCCGAGCUGACGGAAGAACAGAAGCAAACGCUAGAUAGAGAAAUAUUCGAUUUCUACAAACCAAUUAUAUGCGAGAUUUGCGACCCGGAAAAGGUCCCACCUGGUCAGGGUGAAAUGGCGGGAGUCGCGGGAACUGGUCAGGGAGAGUCGGCAGAAGAGGAGUAUAGGUCACUGAAGCAGCUGAACCAGCACAUGCGAACGGUGCACGGGCUGGAAUCGGGUACGAUCAAGUGUCAGAUGUGUGCGAAAAAAUUUCGCUCGCGGGUGAAGCUUGUCGAGCAUAAGGAUAUGCACCAGAAUCCAGAACGGUUCCGGUGCGGCGUGUGUCAGGAGGUGCACCAAAACCUAGAGGAACACAUACAGAACAAACACCAGGAGUGGGAGUUUGCCUGCGAAGAAUGUGGCAAGCGGUUUCCUUUCAAGAACAGACUCACCGCCCACAUGGCGAAGGUCCAUAUGAAGAAGGACAUUAUCUGUGAGGAAUGUAACAAACCAUUUACUAAGUUCAGCAUCGAAAAACACAAAAAGACGGUCCACGGUGGUGCGGUGUUCAUCUGCGAAAACUGCCCGAAAACGUUCAAGACGCGCGUCUCGCUCGAACGGCACAUGGAGGGCCACAACAACGGGGAGCAGCAGCCGGGUUCUGCGGCCACCGUGAGCUGUUCACUGUGCAACUCAGUCCUGAAGGACGAGUACAAUCUAAAGGCCCACAUGAAACGAAUGCACGCCGAACAAACGCCAGCCACUUGCAGCACGUGCGGCAAAACGUUCAAAUCGAAGCACAGUCUCAAUACACACACCGCGAACGUGUGCACCAAUCGGCAGUUCGGCUGCACGCACUGUGGCAAGCAGUUCAAGAAGCGGACAAAGCUGAAACAACACAUGACGAUCCACACGCGCGGUGCUGAAUAA